ACAUUGUGUCUGACUGGUUACCACACCAAAGGCAAGAAGAUGACAGAAUACAAGCUGGUGGUGGUAGGAGCUGGUGGCGUUGGAAAGAGCGCGCUGACAAUCCAACUAAUACAGAACCAUUUUGUGGAUGAAUACGACCCAACCAUAGAGGACUCUUACAGGAAACAGGUGGUGAUUGAUGGGGAAACGUGUCUGUUGGAUAUUCUGGACACAGCAGGUCAAGAAGAGUACAGUGCUAUGAGAGAUCAGUACAUGCGCACCGGAGAGGGCUUCCUCUGUGUCUUCGCAAUCAAUAACACCAAAUCCUUCGAGGAUGUCCAUCUGUAUAGAGAACAAAUUAAUCGAGUGAAAGACUCCGAUGAUGUUCCUAUGGUCUUAGUCGGAAACAAGUGUGACUUGCCAUCACGGACCGUGGAUACGAAACAAGCGCAGGAACUAGCAAAGAGCUACGGGAUCCCCUUCAUCGAAACGUCAGCCAAAACAAGACAGGGCGUGGAAGAUGCCUUCUACACACUCGUGCGUGAGAUUCGCAAGUACAAGGAGAAGAUCAGCAAAAACGGCAAAAAGAAGAAAAAGCCCUCCAAGAAAAAGUGCAUCAUUCUUUAAACGAUGAUAGAAGAUAGUGCAGGACUUACUCGUGACCCUUUCAACCCAAGGAUUGGGCUACAGAGAAGAAAUCAAAGGUUGAAGUUUGGCAACUCUUUGCCCCCCCCCCCCCCCACCUCUGCCCCUGUGCAGACAUCCCAAACUGAAUAAAGGCAGAACAGUU